AUGUUAUUUUCUAUUGCAGUAUCCCGAGGGUGGACUCUUCGUCAACUCGAUGUCCACAAUGCUUUUCUCAAUGGCCACCUGUCUGAAACUGUGUACAUGAAACAACCGUCUGGCUACGAGAACCCCACGAAUCCUGACUAUGUGUGCCAUCUGCAGCGCUCACUCGACGGGCUAAAACAGGCACCACGGGCUUGGUUCAAGAGACUUCAUGGCUUUUUAAUCUCGGCAGGCUUCGCCUCGUCCAAGACAGAUAUCUCACUGUUUUACUACUCGAGUGGUGAAUCUCGAGUGUUCCUAUUCGUUUAUGUAGACGACAUUAUUAUGAUGGGGAAUGACACCGCCUUAGUCGAGACUCUACUUCAACGAAUUUCGACUGCUUUCAAAAUCCGUGAUCUUGGAACUCCGGUGUUCUUCCUUGGCAUUGAGACUCUUCACACCAGUGACGGCCUUCUCUUGACACAACGUAAGUACAUGCGUGAUCUCCUCCAACGAGCCGGAAUGACAGACUGUAAACCUCUUGCUACUCCAGCCGCUGUUACGAAAGCACGGUUAGUCGGGGCGCUUCAAUAUCUCACCAUCACGUGCCCGAAUUUGUCUUAUGCGGUUAAUCGCCUCUGUCAGUUCAUGCACUCCCCAACUAUUGAUCAUUGGGGGUUGCUAAAGCGAGUUUUACGGUACAUCAAGGGCACUCUUGAUUUUGGAUUACGUCUUUCUACCUCGACUACCACCACCAUUCACGCCUACUCUGACUCUGAUUGGGCUGGUUGUCCUGUUGAUAGGAAGAGCACCAGUGGGUAUGCCGUCUUCUUGGAUUCUAAUCUUGUCUCCUAG